GAAAUAGAUCAUGAUUUCUGUGGGUAAUGGGGUUGUGAUUUUUAAUAUCUUCAUUGCCCUCCUGUUUUGUUACAAUCAGCACUCAUUAAUUUUAUAAUCAGAAACAAAAGCUACUCGUCUUUCCGUGUGGGGUGUUGAGAUGCCGAGUCUCCAGGACGCGGGGGCCGCGGCGGGGGGUAACCAGCUGGUCGGUGACCCGGCCAGGGAGGCGCCCAGGUCCCGCCCCUCCACCACGACCCCAGUGCUGGAGCGCCUGCCGGCCUCCUCCCGUAGCGCGAGCUGGCACUUCGGCAGGUGGGCGGCGGCACCUAUCAGGCAGCGAUACCUCUCCGGCGACGUACACCUGCAACUGGCGAAGAAGGGCUCAAGCACCCGCAAAGAGUCGGCGGUCCGGCGGCGCAGGUGGGCGCGGGCGUGAUGCGCGGGCGUCGGGGCGGAGAGGGGAGGGCUCAGGCCGGGCCGGGCUGACCUCCCAAGAGGUGCCCGGGGCCCAUGACGACUGUCAUUUCCCCAUCGCCCUGCCGCCCGGCGCGCCCUGGGCCGGCCCCUAGGCUCACGCCCACCUUCCUCCCCGCGCCGGCUCCAGUUCCAUGAGUCUAACCGAGGAGUGGGAACAGAGGGCGAUCGGAGGAAGCUACUACGAGCUGUUCGCCGCCUCAUUGGGCAACCUGGAAUGGUUGCGGUUCUGUCUAAAUCGGCAUUGUGGCGAAAUCGUGGCCGAUGACAAGGGUUUCACUGCCAUCCACUUUGCAGCCCAGAGCGGCAAGCUUGCAUGCCUGCAGGUCUUGGUGGAGGAGUACAAGUUUCCCGUAAACCUGCCCACCAACAAUGGCCAGACACCUCUGCACCUUGUCAUCCAUGGUGACAACAAGACCAUGGCCCUCCCCUGCAUUCACUAUCUGAUUAAGCAAGGGGCGGCCCUCAACACUCAGACGUGCAAUGGCUCCACACCUCUGCAUCUGGCAGCCCGCGAGGGCCUGCUGAGCUGUGUCAAAGUCCUGGUGCAGAAAGGUGCCAACGUCCACGCACGAGAUGCCACAGGCUGCAAGCCCAUCGACUACUGCAAAAUAUGGAACCACCGAGUCUGUGCCCGGUUCUUGAAAGAUGCCAUGUGGAAACGGGACAAGAAGGACUUUGCCCAUGAGAUGAGGAAACUGAGGAGGCUCAAGGACCAGCUGGCCCUCAUGGAGGAGGACUACCUGACUGAGUAUCAAAAGGAGCACCAAAUUCUGAGAGAAGCUGACUUCAAGAAGUGGCUCCAUCACAAGCUGCUACUCCAAGACCAGUCCCUAAUACCCAGCGUUCAGCGAGAGCCCCGUGCUCCGCCCCGGGCCACUGCCCUCUCCAAGACCUGCAAGGACGGGGUACUGUGGCCUCCCACGAGCUUCCACCCCUCCCCGGAGGCGCGCCUGCAACGGAUACAGCAGCCCAAUCUGCCCUUGGUGAUGCCUGCGCCCACCUACAAGCCGCCCACGAUCAGGCGGCCCAAGGUGUGGAAUCUUAGCAGCAACCCCGCCAGGUCCCCCACUGCCCAGAUUGGCUACCCACAGGGUGUCCGCCUGGGCGUGCAUCCCGACCCCAGGCCAGAGCGCGACUUCCGCUGCUUCGUGGAGGUGAGGUCCAACGGGCACGGUGGCGCGGACCUCCGCACAGUGGCCGGCCGCCAGGUGGCGCCUGUGCCCCAGCUGCCUUUCCAAGUGGUAAUCCGCGAGCUGUACCCUUCCGUACGGCCCUACAGAAUGAAGGUGCCCCAGGGCUUCUGCUCUGUCACUAUGGAAGAGGUGCCCCGGAAGCGGCACUUGGGUGACGGCAGCUUCUGGACCGACACGCUGAGCAUGAACCUGCGAGAGACAUUCGACGAGGCCUUCCUGGCGGCUGUGCGAGCCCAUCAAGGACUCCCUGCUCUGCCUUCCCCUAAACCACCCCUCCCUUAAACUUACUUUGGUAGCCUCUCCACUGGAGACUGCUCAGUGAAGGUUGAGGUGUGGUGAUUGUGUGUGGAUGCGGAGGAAGGGAGAGUGCCCACAGGCUGCCCACUCUCAAGCUCAA